AUGGGGCUCAAGAUUCAAAUAUUCGCACCUCUUUUUCAGGGCCUAUUUAUACGGGAAUGGUGGUCGAUGGCCGAAUACUCUCAUCUCUCCGAGAUCGAUCCAGAGAUCGCUCCUUUAAUUGGAUCUAUUCCAAAGCUUGUAAUUGACGCGAAGACGCUUCCCGCAAUCCGACAAAUAUCUGCAGAGGCUCUUCAAAAAGAGAGCAAGUACGAACCCUUACUUCCAGAGAGUUCUGAAUACACAGUUAAAGAUCAUGAAAUCGAUGUUGGUGAAGGGGUUAAGGUGCUUGCGAGGUCCGUAAUACCCACUCCACGGGCCGGUGAGGAUGGCAAGUUUCCACUGUUAUUCUGGAUCCAUGGUGGAGGUUUUACGAUAGGAAAUCUUCAUUUGGACGAUCAUCGGCUUAGGAUUGCGAGCGUCAAACUACGCCUUUCGGUAGUGAACUGCCAAUAUCGUUUAGCUCCAGAGCACCCUUUCCCAGCUGCGGUUAAUGACCUGACUGCAGCUUUAAAAUAUGUUGCUUCUCACCCGGACACUUUUUCUGCUUCGUUAAAGAAAGGCUUCCUUAUUGGAGGUCAAUCUGCAGGCGGAAAUUUAGCUGCAGUACUUUCUUGGAUCGCUCGAGAUGAUCCCUUCUUCAAAAACACGCCACUAACUGGGCAGUUCUUAGAAAUUCCGUCUGUGUGUCACCACGAGGCGUACCCGGAGAAGUACAAGUCGUCCCUCUUGUCUUAUGAACAGAACAAGGAUGUGCCGAUGUUGAAUAGGGAUCUUCUCCUCAAGUUUAGGGAAUAUUACAAUGCACCGCCAUCAGAUCCAAGAUCCUCUCCUCUCCUCUUGUCUUCACACAAAGGUCUACCCCCUGUCUUUCUCCAGGUUUGUGGACUGGACCCUUUGCGCGACGAAGGCUUUUUAUAUGAGAAGGUGUUGAAGGAAGCAGGUGUUCCCACCAAGCUUGAAGUGUACCCAGGCGUGCCUCACGGAUUCCAUGCAUAUCUCUUUGAUAUCAAGCAAGCUGCGAAAUUCAGAGAGGACUUCAACGACGGGCUGCAGUGGCUCCUUGAAGUUGGAAAGCCGACCUCUUGA